CUUAUUAUUGGACUGCACCCCCUUUUAUCCUCGGUUAGAGAGGAAGAGCUCACGGAAAAAUUUAUCCACAACUCCCAUCUUCCAAUCCUGGUUCUCCGAUUGUUGCACUAGAUCCCCUCUUACCCACUUUUGAGUUUAAUUACCAGACCGCAAAAUUACAGAAUGGCGUCUGAGAUGAGGGUGAUCGUUUCGGGCGGUAUUUCAGCGGAGCUGCACGAAAAGCGGCGUCAGGCUCUGAUUGAUCAGUUGAACCUUGCGCUUGGUGGAGCCGCAGAGUGUGCCCAAGGGGUCUGGGCCGCUCUGUGGCUCUGCUCCAUCGAGAAACUGGAAGAGUAUGUUCAGCAUAUAAAACAGAGCCCAGACAGCCUUAUAGUCACCUCGCUUCACACGACGGCUGUGGUGACGGAUAUCGUCAAGCCCUGGUUGACAAGCCGUGUCAAAAAAACUGUUGCAUCAUCUGUUCCUGGAACCCCUGUGGGUGGUGCUGCGUCCCCUGCGAGUCCAUCAAUCCCGACCACGACCUCCCCGACGACGCCCAACCCGAAGAGAAGGCGGCUGCAUCUCGACACAAAUUUCUCGUCCUCAGGCCCAAACUCCCCGAGGUCUGCCACAGCACAGCGAGCAGCUCUUGAAAGGGAUGGCGAGCGUUGCGUUAUAACGAACAGGAGGGGUUGCACGCAAAGCGCCCAUAUUUACCCUUACUCUCUUCGUGACGGCGUUGGUCCUAAAUGUGCUAGAUUUUGGGACGCGCUGUCCAUGUUUUGGCCACCCAGUACAAUUGAGGAAUGGAAAGCCGAUGUUUUCGGGGGCUCAAACACUGAAUUCUGCUCCAAUAGGAUUACUCUCUCCGCAGACGUGCAUAUAUACAGGGGAAAAGGCCUCUUCGCCUUGAAGCCUGUUUCUAUGAGCGAAGAUGAGAAGACUCUCCAGCUCGAGUUCCACUGGCUGCGUCCAGUGCAGCAAUCUUCUUCAACUGUACUCCUAAGCGAUAAACCGUCUCUUGAAGAGUCUCUGAAUGGCAUCGAUAAGGAUAUUGCUCUCUACAACUCUGAAGGACGGUUGGUUUCGUCUGGCGACAAGAUAUGGAUGAAGACAGAUGACCCACUUGAUCGUCCACUCCCAAGUGUGAAAUUACUGGCGCUACAAUGGGCGCUACAGAGGCUGGCAUCGCUUAGCGGUGCUGCAGAAGCCGUGGAUGUGUUGUUGGACAGUGAUGAUGAAGACAACGACGAUAUGGUCAGACUGUAUGAUUCCGAAGAAGAUUACUCCAAGGUCGAUGACAUGUUUGAUGACAGUGCUUCCACAAAGACGACCAAUCGACUCGCAAGUUGCGACACAGAGACCACGCCGGCCGUUCAGGGCGUUUGAGGAGGGUAGGAUGGUCCAUUCUUCGUUGAGUGGGACACGUAUUACGAUCUGGAAUGCUGCUGAUUAUUCAAUAUGUAACACUAUGGCUGACUCUUAAGAGUAAAGUAGGUAGGAUCUCGUGCCUUUCAAUAACAAAAAGGAG